AUGAUCUUUGCUGACCGCUCAUCGGUGAGGUCAUGCAGGACACCCACCAGAGAUGAAUCUCAGACUGGACUGAUCUCAGAUGUGGCUGGUCCAAGCAACGACACUGCAUGGGAAACGGACACAAAAACAGAACCACAGAAUAAGCCCCGCCUCCACUGGGAGGAGGGGCUUGAAGAUCAGCAGGUACCAACCAAUCAAACAGAACAUGUACACGUGUGGGACGACACAAUGUGUGGGGCAUCAAAUAAUGAACCACCCAAACACUUUGUUCGUUCUCAAAGCACGCCUAUCAGAAAGACAAAAGCAACUGAUGACGCGCCAGAAGACAUGCGUGUAUUGCUCAAUGUAGGUGGAGUUAGGCAUGAAACGCAUGUCAGUACGCUGAAGAACGUUCCAGACUCCAGACUUUCCAGACUUGCUGAUGUACACAUAUCUAGUGGGCGUGGAAAACAGGAGUACUUUUUUGACAGACACCCAGCAGUAUUCAACUCAAUCAUUGAUUUUUAUAGAACAG